AAGAGGUGGAGGGGACGCGUGCUCGCGACCCGACGUCAUCUACAUACGAGCGGAGUCGGUGACGCGCGCGGCCCUACCUCCUAGCACCAGGGGGAGAAAGCAGUGCGCGCUCCCGCGUCAGUUUGAAAUGUGGGACACGGUUACCUCCGGAACGGACACCGCCAUUUAACCGGGGACGCGCUGCUCGCGAGCGGUGGCAUCUUGAGGCGCGGUCUCUGUCCAGUGUGUCUCGGCGCCGAGAGGCGCUCGGUUUCCCUGGGAUGGCGGAGCGCGGGCUGAGCGGCGGCCCUUAGAUGUAGAGCGGCCGCUUGCCGCGGUCCAUUGAUUAAAGGGCAGCAGCGCCUGGUGUCACCUCUCGCCUCUGUCACCCGGAUUCCUGCAGCCACCCUCCACCUGGGACCCCAUCAUACCUCCGCGGCUGCACCUCAUUUCUGCAUUGCUUUUCUCUUGUGGUUUCAUUGAAAUUUCCCCUCAGGACCAUGGCCGACGACGAUGUGCUGUUUGAAGAUGUGUAUGAGCUGUGUGAGGUGAUUGGCAAGGGUCCAUUCAGCGUUGUCCGAAGAUGCAUCAACAGAGAAACAGGGCAGCAGUUUGCUGUGAAAAUUGUCGAUGUUGCAAAGUUUACAUCAAGUCCAGGAUUAAGCACAGAAGAUUUAAAGCGAGAGGCCAGCAUAUGCCACAUGCUGAAGCACCCACACAUUGUGGAGCUCUUGGAAACGUACAGCUCUGAUGGAAUGCUCUAUAUGGUCUUUGAAUUUAUGGAUGGAGCGGAUUUGUGCUUUGAGAUUGUAAAGAGAGCUGAUGCUGGCUUUGUAUACAGUGAAGCUGUUGCCAGCCACUAUAUGCGGCAGAUUCUGGAGGCACUGCGCUAUUGUCAUGAUAACAACAUAAUUCACAGAGAUGUAAAGCCGCACUGUGUACUACUCGCAUCUAAAGAAAACUCUGCCCCUGUCAAGCUUGGAGGAUUUGGGGUUGCAAUACAAUUGGGGGAGUCCGGGUUAGUAGCUGGAGGUCGUGUAGGAACACCACACUUUAUGGCUCCAGAGGUGGUGAAAAGAGAGCCUUAUGGGAAACCGGUAGAUGUCUGGGGUUGUGGCGUGAUACUUUUCAUCCUAUUAAGUGGCUGUUUGCCUUUCUAUGGCACAAAGGAAAGAUUAUUUGAAGGCAUUAUCAAAGGCAAAUAUAAGAUGAAUCCCCGGCAGUGGAGCCAUAUAUCAGAAAGUGCCAAAGAUCUAGUGCGCCGCAUGCUUAUGCUGGAUCCUGCUGAGAGAAUAACAGUCUAUGAGGCACUCAAUCAUCCCUGGCUGAAGGAAAGAGAUCGCUAUGCAUACAAGAUUCACUUGCCAGAAACUGUAGAGCAGCUAAGAAAAUUUAAUGCAAGGAGGAAAUUAAAGGGAGCUGUUUUAGCUGCCGUGUCUAGCCACAAAUUCAACUCAUUUUAUGGGGAUCCUCCUGAGGAAUUACCUGACUUUUCAGAUGAUCCAACUUCUUCAGGUAUGUUUUCUUCAGGACUUCUAGCUGCAGAAAGAGCGGUAUCACAAGUGCUGGAUAGCCUGGAGGAGAUCCAUGCGCUCACAGACUGCAGUGAGAAAGACCUGGAUUUCCUUCAUAGCGUUUUCCAAGAUCAGCAUUUGCACACACUACUAGAUCUUUAUGACAAAAUCAAUACGAAGUCUUCACCACAAAUCAGGAAUCCACCGAGUGAUGCUGUACAGCGAGCCAAAGAGGUUUUGGAAGAAAUAUCAUGUUACUCUGAAAAUAAUGAUGCAAAGGAGCUGAAGCGUAUUCUAACACAACCUCAUUUCAUGGCCUUACUACAAACUCAUGAUGUGGUAGCCCAUGAAGUUUACAGUGACGAAGCACUAAGAGUUACGCCACCUCCAACCUCUCCCUACCUAAACGGAGAUUCUCCAGAAAGUGCAAACGGUGACAUGGAUAUGGAAAAUGUUACACGGGUCCGCUUAGUCCAAUUCCAGAAAAAUACAGAUGAGCCAAUGGGAAUAACACUAAAGAUGAAUGAACUAAACCAUUGUAUUGUUGCAAGGAUUAUGCAUGGAGGAAUGAUUCACAGGCAAGGUACCCUUCAUGUGGGUGAUGAGAUACGAGAAAUAAACGGAAUUAGUGUAGCAAACCAGACAGUGGAACAGCUUCAAAAGAUGUUGAGAGAAAUGCGGGGCAGUAUCACCUUCAAGAUUGUUCCGAGUUACCGCACGCAGUCUUCAUCCUGUGAGAGAGAUUCCCCCUCUACAUCCAGACAGUCCCCAGCUAAUGGUCAUAGCAGCAUUAACAAUUCUGUUGCGGACAUUCCAUCAACUACUCAAUCAAAAGGACGACAGAUAUAUGUAAGAGCACAAUUUGAAUAUGAUCCCGCAAAGGAUGACCUCAUACCCUGUAAAGAAGCUGGAAUCAGGUUUAGAGUUGGAGAUAUUAUUCAAAUUAUUAGUAAAGAUGAUCAUAAUUGGUGGCAAGGCAAACUGGAAAAUGCCAAAAAUGGUACGGCUGGUCUCAUUCCUUCUCCGGAGCUGCAGGAAUGGCGCGUUGCCUGCAUUGCAAUGGAAAAGACGAAGCAGGAGCAGCAAGCCAGCUGUACUUGGUUUGGCAAGAAAAAGAAGCAGUAUAAAGACAAAUAUCUGGCAAAGCACAAUGCAGUCUUUGAUCAAUUAGAUCUCGUCACAUAUGAAGAAGUAGUGAAACUACCAGCUUUCAAAAGGAAAACAUUAGUCCUGUUAGGUGCACAUGGUGUUGGCAGAAGACACAUAAAGAAUACACUAAUAACGAAACAUCCUGACAGAUUUGCUUACCCUAUCCCACAUACAACCAGACCCCCUAAGAAAGAUGAAGAAAACGGGAAAAAUUACUUCUUUGUAUCUCAUGACCAAAUGAUGCAAGAUAUCUCUAACAAUGAAUACCUGGAAUAUGGCAGCCAUGAGGAUGCUAUGUAUGGGACAAAACUGGAAACAAUACGAAAGAUCCAUGAACAGGGACUUAUUGCAAUACUUGAUGUAGAACCUCAGGCUCUUAAAGUCCUGAGAACAGCAGAAUUUGCUCCUUUUGUUGUCUUCAUUGCUGCACCUACAAUUACUCCAAGCAUCAGCGAGGAUGAAUCUCUUCAACGCCUGCAGAAGGAGUCUGAAAUCCUCCAGAGAACAUAUGCACACUACUUUGAUCUAACAAUUAUCAACAAUGAAAUUGAUGAAACUAUUAGACAUCUGGAGGAAGCCAUUGAGCUUGUGUGUACAGCUCCACAAUGGGUUCCAGUGUCCUGGGUCUAUUAGACCAUUUUCAAGUGAACUAUCGGCAUUUUAUUACUUUGAAAUCACCUUGUGCAGUACCUGGAGAAACCUCUUUGUUGACAUUAUGUCAACCAGUCUUGGCCCCUAGAGACUACCUAAAUGUAGUGUGACCUAAAUUUAUAACUGUCAUGUCCUAAUGGAUGGAAAGGAAAAUGAAGCAAAUUUUCAAUGCUAAUUUAAAGAGACAGUAUCUGGUAUUAACAUUUUUAUUUCUUUUACAUUGUAUUAAAAAUGUUCUUUUUAAAAUAUGUGCAUUAGUCAAACUUUUGAAUGUUAUAUUUUGCGGGAACCAUAGCUUUUUUUGUUUCUAAAGUCCUCUGAAAACUGCACAAGUGAUAUGCUGCUUUCUAUAAUCUAUUUUAAUAAUGGGACAUUUGAUUACUUACGCAGGGGUGGAAAACUAUAUUAUUUUUAGUCUUAUGUCAGUCAUUUAGUAGCAAAGACGUUAUUUAAUUUAUUUACACAAAAUAGCCUUCAUCUAUUGAAAGAGGAAAUACCACAUGUUUAAUGGCCUUUUUCAUUUAAGAUGAUUUCCUUAAAAAUGUUUACUAAAAUAAUACUUUUAUUUGAUACUGUCUCUUUGAAGAAAUCUGUAAACAAUAUAGAGAUUUGAAAGUGGAUCUUAAUGCAUGUGGACAGUCGCAAGCGUUUAUACUGUUGGUGUAUCUGUGUUGAACAAAACUGUAACUUACAGAAACUUACAUUCCGUUCAUGGGAAAUAGUACCCGAGGGAAUUAAAUACAAUUAUUAUAACCAAGUUGUAUACCUAUGCACAUCCCUUGCAUUUUGGACAACUUUAUAAAAUGAAGCUGGUUUUUAUUAUUAACCAUGUAGUGAAAUGUGUUUGUAAUUUUGUCUCAAUUUAAUUUGUUGUAAACUGGGGAGGGUACGGACUGAUUCUUUAUUUUUUAUUAUUAUUAUUUUUUGGCCAUUUAAGAUCUGUGUUGUCAACAGAGUAUUAACGUUUUAAUUAUGUUCAGAGAAAUGCUUUUAUCUGUUUUAUGUUUAUUCUGCAUAUGCACAACAUUUAAAAAAUUAUGUAAUGGAAGGUUAUUGGGACCUAUAUCAAAAGAAUAUUCCACACAGUGUAAAAAAAUAAAACUCCUGUAAAUUCUUUAGCAGUAUGGAAUCAAAGUUUUAGCCUGACCAAUAUUUUCUUAUUUUACUUUAAAAUAUACUUAAUUUUAUGUGUUCAGAUAUAUGCCUUUGGGUCAUUCAUUUAUUGUGACUCGCAAAUAAAUUUGUUAACUCUGGUUGCACAAUGGUAAAUUGUAUAGGUAGUUUGUCUAAUGGUUUCAUACUAAAUUUGUUUUUUCAGGAAGUUGAUGAUGGGUUUUAAUUUUUACUCAAUUUCUCAAAUUGUUUCCAGUCGCACAAUUUUAUUCUUAAAAGAUGAAGCAAAGCACAAUAUGUAUAUUUACAGUCAAUCUAAUAAGUUAAUCACUAGUCCAUUUACAAUACAGAUUUUAUUCGGCUGACACCAGAUCAAAACUUAACAAAAAAUAAUUCUUUCAUAUAUAGCUUAACACUCACUGGAUGGAGACAUUCACAGUCUUCUAGCUAAAUCUGCAAAAGAGUAAUUUUGCACUUUUAAGUUUGUCAUAUUUCCUUGCUUCAUUUUUAGUCUAAAAUUGCCUAUUUUUAAAUACCUUUCAGUUUUGAGAAUAAAAAAAAUGUUUUACCAAAAUCCUCCUUUUGUAUAUGUAGCACUGUCUCUAGAUCAGAAUCUUGACUUUGCCUCUUAUUUUGGCAUGUGGAUGGUGAAGGAGAGCAAAAGUCCAUUGUGAAGAUUUGUGUUACCUGUAAACCAAAAAUAUAAUGUCUUCAUCCAGGCUUUGUUAUCUCCAACAAUGUUGAUCCUUAUUGAAGAUUUAAUUUUUCGUAUGUAGUCUUGUAUAUUUGCAAGUUCACUGUAAACUUCCAUAAAAAACUUUCUGCUCAAGGAUGGUUGGGUAGGGGAAAGGUAGUGAAUAACAAUAGUUAUAAUAAAAAAAAAAAAAUCACCAUGAAAGUAUAAAUAAAAUCAGAUUUAUUUUG